UUGAUAACGUGUGCUCACCUCUUCUCCAACGAAGACUGCACUCGACAACCCGUCGAUAACGCGAGUUUCGUCUGGAGAUUCUGCCCAAAACUCUACAACCGGUGGAUUAGACCCCCAGAUAAGCAGAUUUUAUAAAAAGCCGGCUCGGGAUCGCUCGAGACUUCAGAGUUCCUUUGAGAUGUUCAAGUGUGCGUUCGUCGUUUGUGGCCUUCUGGCCGUGGCUGCUGCUGCCUCCUCCGGUGGUCGCAUCGCCGGUGGAAUCGAUGCCCGCGAGGGUCAGUUCCCGUACCAGGUAUCGCUGCGGGAUCAACGCCAGAAUCACUUUUGCGGGGGUGCCAUCCUGAACGCCCGCUGGAUCAUUACGGCGGCUUCGUGCGCUCAGGGCAAGGUCGCGGCGGACAUUAUGGCCAUGGUCGGAAGCAAGAGUUUGAGCCGCGGAGGCUCGUACCAUCAGGUUGACCGUAUCGUGGUCCACCCGAACUUUGCCGAAGAGCAGCUGCUGAACGACGUGGCAGUCAUGAGGGUGCGCUCCCCGAUCGUAAUGAACCCGGACACGAUGGCCGUCAUGAUGGCCAAUUACUACACUUCGAUCGCGUACGGUGCGCUGGUGUCCGGCUGGGGUCGCCGUGGAAUCGACCAGCCCCAGUUCCCCGACUGGCUGCAGUACGUGCCGACGACCAUCAUCACCAACACGGAGUGCGAGGCCCGCUUCGAGUCGCCGUACAACAGCCGUAUUACGGACGCCGUGCUGUGCAGCUCGAGUCCCGAAGGUCAAGGAAUCUGCCUGGGUGAUGCCGGCGGUCCGCUGGUGCACAGUGGCCAGCUGCAAGGUAUUGUCUCGUGGGGAAUUCCGUGCGGCAUGGGAUAUCCGGAUGUGUACGCUCGAGUGUCCGUGCACCGUGCUUGGGCGCUGGUCCACACGAUGAUCUAAACUGUACGCUACCUGAUAUUAAAGACUAUACUGAAAGUUUGAA